AUGCAUUUUGCUGGCGUUGAGUCCAGAAAAGUCGUUAUGGACAAGUAUAAUGAUUCGGUGGAUGCUCAGAACCACAAGGACCGACAUCGCCAGUUGCAGUUCUAUCGGCUUCUAGGACUACCUGGUCUAGAAGACGAAGCAGAUGCGGGCACAUUGGAAGAAAUUCGAAAAGCUGUUGAAGCGGGAGAAUAUGAUAAUCUCUAUGUCUGUGCUACCAGAGUGACCGCAUUUCGCUAUCUGUCAUUGCUUGGGCUCACGAUAUGGUCGGGCACAUUUACCAACAUCGCGAGUCUAAGUCGUUGUUCACACACACAUGGUCCAGCGUUGAGAAUGAUAGAUUGGGAUGCUCCCAGUGAAGAAUCUCGCCAAAAAUGGUUUUCCCUGGAAACACAAACAAGCCGGUCUGGCGAGAAUCGCGGACUCUUCCAGGGUCAGAGCUGGGGAUCCGACGAUGAUUCAGGACGGUUUAAUAAGGCCCUCAUAUUCCAAGACUUGAGCACAGCUACGCAUAAACGUAGAGAUUUGAUUUUGUUAGACAUGACUUUGAUGGUUGCUGAAUAUCAGCCCUACGAGGAGCCCGCACCACGUGAUCUGCCUCCAAUCCUCGCGUGGAGCAAGGUGAAGCAGCUGAUGUCGAUGACGCCAACAUUGGAAAAAAUCUCGAACUACAAAACCAACUACGAUUCCAUGGAAUUGCCUCUCGACAGCAAUGCCCUGCCUCGCUUGAGAUCUUCCCAUCAUGAAGAAUAUGUUACGGGCUCCACGGGCGGUGACGAUACGUUUGGAAGCUUUCCUGCCCAUUUGCGCACUCUUGUCAGCCAUGCGCUUCCAGAUGUCGAGGCCACGUCGGUUGUAUACCCCAAGUACGAGACGAAGGGUGACUUGACUGAAUGCGUAGCGAAAUUUCGAGAAUGGCUCCAAAAUGUUGUUAUCGAUAUAGAAGUCGCCAAUGAAGCCCCUUCGCCCACCGUCGAUCCAUCCGUGCAUGUCAUCUUGAUUGGCCAUUCGAUGGGCGGGAUUGUUGGAGCGGAGACCCUUCUCCUCCUAGCAUCUGAGCAACUUUUACCCACGCCAUCAAAUCUUUCAUCCUCGAGGACGUCGUCGUCGUCGACGACGACUGAGGGCAAGUCCGUAGAACCCAACACCUUCAUGUUUCCCCACAUCCAAGGUUUACUUGCAUUUGAUACCCCGUUUCUCGGCAUCGCGCCGGGAGUUGUCUCCUACACCGCUGAAAAUCACUAUAAAACAGCCACCGCUGCCUAUGGGGCGAUUUCAGAAGUAGCUGGUGUGUUUGGUUGGGGAGGGGCGAAGAAAGGGGAGACUAAGGCCGGAAGCUCCCCGACAACCAAUGAAAACACCAAGUCUUCUCUCCCAGACCUCCCCCCUACAACGAAUGCUUCUAGCAUGACAUCUCCUACAGAUGAUGCUGCCGCGACACCGUCCUGGCAGCGCUGGGGUCGCUACGCUAUGUACGCGGGAGCAGCAGGGGCUGUUGCGGCCGGCGGAGCCGCUGCACUCUACUCCCAACGCGACAAAUUUUUGGGAGGCUGGAGCUGGGCAACCUCGCAUCUAGAGUUUGUAGGGUGCCUCACGCGCCCUGACGAGCUGCGGCGACGUAUCUGGUCGAUCGAGAAGCUGCAGCAGGAGCGAGGAAUCGGUUGCGGAGAGUUUUAUACGUGUUUGGGGCAGGGCGCAGUGGCCGUUCCAGCAAACAGCGGCAUCAACAAGCCUUCUCCGACCUUCCCCCUAAGUCGGUAUAUAUUGCGCUCAAAACUGCGGACAUUCUGCAACAUCCCGGCUGAUGUUGACGAGAGUGACCAUAAAGCCGAUGAUGACAAGGUCACCUGCAGCGAGACAUGUGGGAUCCAAUGGAUCAAAGCCAUAAAUGAUAAGGCAACCGAUGAAACGAAGGCGCACAUGAGCAUGUUUUCUCCCAGGGAAAAUCCGUCUUUCUAUGACCUAGCGCAGCAGGCCAGCGAGCUGCUCGUUCGAUGGAUCGAUCGAGGUUGGUACUUGAAUGCUAGUCGUACCAGCGGUGGUGGUGGUGGUGGUGGUGGUAGUAGUAGUAGUACCGAUCGAGCCAGCUGUGGCGAUGAAUCAAAUUCCGGCGGUGAAAAAGGGCGGGGAUUUACGGAUGCUGAUGAUGAUGUUGUUCUUGUGGAUUAG